AUGGAGGAUAUGGUGAAGGGGCGGCUCAAGUUCUCUCAAACUUCCUGCUAUCUUUGCAGCGAAUGGCUCGAUGAUUGUGACGUUGAGGAACAUCUGCGAACUUGCCGUAAGCAAAAAACAGUGUGCCCGAACGGUUGCGGUACGAUCGUAGUGUUGAAAUAUUUGCAACUGCAUCAAAACACUUGCCCCGCGAGUUACGGCGUUCAAAUGGAGAACGAAGAAGAGCAAGCCGCCAACGUGCCAGCAACGGUCAGCGAUACCGAUGCCGAAAACGAGCUGCAGCGAGACGAAGCACAAACGGUGGGCGACGUCUUGGAAUCGCUGGAAAAUGAGCUGAAAUGCCUCAAGCUGAUUGUGAGUGACCAUGCGAACGACAAGCUUUACGUGCACACCAAUCUGGCCCGACUGAAGCAGUUCUACGAUGUAUCGCAGAAGUGGACCACCAAGGUUUACGAUUCGAUCGUGUCGCUGAACAAGCUGUGCUAUCAGGAGAAGAUCCAGCGUACGCUCGAGCUGACGGCUGUCCAGCAAAAGCUGCUGUCCAUUGAGAUGUGGAACCUGGAUAUUGCCAGCCGAUUCGAUCGUGCGGAAGAGAAAAUGUUUUUCCUUAUCCAGCGUGAUACCACCGAGAAUACUGAUGGUGCCCGCUCGGAUGCAGAUGCGUCCCCUGACGUACAGAAUCCAUCACCGGGCGAGGCUGAUACGACGACUGAGGACGCAGCACCGUCAACCGUCGGUAUAUCGAAGGGAGAAGAGCCUGCUUCCGAUCCGUUGGAAGAUGGCCCAGCUGCUAUGGUCAGCCAGGCCGUAUCGAACUCGAAGCUGGUGCAGGAAAUGAUCGAAGAGUUUAAGGCCCAGUACGGCAAGAUCAAGGUGGAGGUGAAGGAUACCCAAGCCCAGAUGUUCGAGUACGAGGAGCGCAUACAGCUGCUGGAGAAGCUGGUCGAACGCUACCGGCGCGAGACAUACCACACCAAGCAACGCUCGGAUGAGCUGCAGCAGAACCUGUUGCUGGCAAACGCGCGCAACAAUCUUGCCAGCGAGAAUGGGCGCGUCAUCUGGCGCAUCGAUAACUUUGCGCAAAAGCUGAAGGAAUCCAGCGAGCUGGAAACGAUGAUAAAGGGUCCGAUCUUCACCAAUCAACCGUACGGUUACAUGCUGCAGAUGGAAGCCAGCCCGUACGGUAUCGGGACCUGGCGCGGACGCAACUUGAUCGCCGGACUGACGAUCGUGCCGGGACCGUACGAUUCGCUGCUGGAGUGGCCCUGCCGCCUGACCGCCACACUGAUACUACGCGAUCAAACGAGCAAGCGGGCGGAGGCCAAGAACGUCUGCAAACCGAUCGUGGCGAAGGCGAAGGGUCAGCGUGAUCCGAACCAGCAUUACGUCUACAUUUCGCAUGACAUCCUGUUCUCGAACAACUAUCUGAACAAUGACAGCAUCUUUCUGGAGCUGAUCAUUGCAAGCGAGAGCGGCACAAGCUCCCAGUGUUAG